AUGCCUUCAGGAUUUUGGGUGCUCUCCCAUCCCUUAAGUUUCUAUCCUCAGUGUCCAAUAGCAUGGAAGGACCACUUUCUAACCAAGUAUGAAAUCUACGUUGACUUCGAUCAUAGGAAUACAGAGCAUGGAUUCUGCGAGACUGAACGUUUUGAAUUAUUUGUUAACAAGCGUGAAGUUUGCAAUGCAUACACGGAGUUGAAUGAUCCUGUGGUACAACGCCAACGGUUUGCUGACCAACUCAAGGACCGACAAUCAGGUGAUGAUGAAGCAAUGGCUUUGGAUGAAACAUUUUGCACGGCUCUCGAGUAUGGUUUUCCCCCAACUGGUGGUUGGGGACUGGGUAUUGACCGACUAACAAUGAUGAUGACAGAUUCACAGAACAUCAAGGAAGUUCUGCUCUUUCCGGCCAUGAAACCUCAGGAUGAACCUUCUGCUAAAGAACACAUCCAAACAGCUUCUGGCUUGGGUCCAGUAUAGGUUUUCAAUCUGCCAAUAUGCAUGCAAAUCUGCCUACAGAAGGUUUACUUCUGUUUUGGUUAUGCAUUUAAAUCUGCCAAGAAACAUGCUGUUGGGUUGGAUUAUUU